AUGUUGACUCUCGAUAUAGAUCCAUACACAAUACUUGUUACUAGUUUUCUCAUCCUUGCUAUACAGAAGCUAGUCACUGUGAUUGGUAAACAAAAAAUUCAAUUGUACAUAUGGCAGAUCUACACAAAAUACUUGUCACAUAGCCAAUCAAUUAAGCAAUUCAACCUCAAACAAAAGGAGAUUAAGGACCUUACAAAACAGCAGAAACUGAUUAGUGCACAGGAUGAAUAUGCCAAAUGGACGAAGAUCAACCGGGCAUUGGACAAACUAAAGCUCGAAGUGCAGGAGCUCAACGAGACGAUUGCUGGAGAAAAGACUCGCAUUGAUAGUAUCACGAAGUUGGCGAUUACUUUGAUUCUGACUUUACCAAUUUGGUUUUUGCGCAUAUUUUGUCGAAAGACGGCAUUGUUAUACAUCAGGAAAGGAAUCUUGCCUGCAUAUCUAGAAUGGUGGCUAGCAUUGCCCUUUUUCAAGAGCGGUACAAUUGGAUUAACUUGCUGGAUGUUUGUUGUCAAUUCAGUCUUGAGCAAUUUAAUCUUUUUGAUUAGUUUCCCAUUUACGCAGAAAGUUGAGAGACCAAUUAAGCCAAAGAAUGAACAAAAAACAGAAAGCUAG